AUGAAGGAAGCUUUCAUUUCGCCGGAUACUCAAGUCGAGAUCCGAGAAGUGCCAAUCCCGGUUCCAAAGGCUGAUGAACUUCUCAUCAAAGUGGCCGUGUCGGGUAUAAACCCCAAAGACUGGAAGGUCCCAAUCUUUCACCAGAAGGCGGUAAACUCCGGCGAUGAUAUCGCGGGUAUUGUCGAGGCUGUAGGUGCUGAAGUAUCCGAGUUUAAGCCCGGGGACCGCGUGGCUGGUAUGCACGAGAUUGGGGCGGAUCAUGGCUCCUUUGCCGAGUUCGCUAUUACACCCGCUUCUACUACGUUCCAUAUUCCCGACAACGUUACAUUCGAGGAGGCUGUUACGAUUCCAUUGAAUGGUCUUGUUGCAGCAUAUGGGCUGUAUCACGUCCUCCGUCUACCGGCACCUUGGUCCCCUGCCGGGACAGAGAAAACCCCUUUCGUCAUCCAUGGUGCUGGAACUGCUAUAGGUGCCCUCGCUAUCAAGCUUGUCAAAGCCGCAAACAUCCACCCGAUUAUCGCAACCGCCGGUAACUCGAGCAAUUUUGUCAACGGGCUUCUCGACACUAAGAAGGGUGACGUUCUUGUCGAUUACCGACAACCACACGACAAGCUUGUGGCGGGGAUCCAGUCGGCUAUUGUCGAGGCCGGUGGUGGUCCGGCUUGGCAUGGUUUGGACUGUGCUACGAAUCAUGACGGCGCUCCCGAGUACAAGGGUGUCCUAGAUGAUGCUUUGGGGCUCCAGGCUGGUUUGGAAAACUCAGCUGGACGGAAGCCGCUUGUUGCUACUGUUCAAGCCGGGUCCAAAUUUACAGGCCAUGUAGAUGGCGGUGAGAUCAAUGUCAUGGUGGCACAUAAUGGUGGGAAGGAAGAGAAGUGCCUUGCGUAUACGGUCUGCCGGCUCUUCGCAUAUGGCCUGGCCAAUGGCUGGUUGACGGGCCAUCCCACAGAGGUGGUAAAGGGAGGUUUGGAAGGAGUGGGAGAGGCUCUUCGAAGACUCAAGAGUGAGCAGGUCUUUGGAAAAAGUUGA